AUGAAUGCCAGCACUAUGACUCGAGCUUGUGAAAUCUUGCUUCAACCUGAAGUGGAAGGGGAGGAUGAUGAUAAUAAGGAUAUCAAGGCUUCCGCUGAUGAACUACUCGCCAUGUAUCACAAGUGCCGGGCUGAUUUCGCCACGAUCCAAAAGCACCAACCCCGUUUGCCGAAUUUGGCACUCAACAAUGGAACUCUCAAGCUUGGUGGUGGUGGUGGUGCUGCUGGUGCUGGCAGCAAUAAUCCAAAUGCACUCAGUGCGGGCCAUUCUCUUCAAAUGCGCAAAAAGUCACUGCUUUCGACUGCAGGAGCGGGAGGCAAUAGUGGUACCAUCAGUGCGAAACAUGGUAUUAUGAGAAGCAAGAAAUCCCUAGUCCCACACGGUCGCCGCAACCUGAAUGAUGCCAUUUCCAGUGAUUCUCCAUUGGCCAAAAAGGCAAGAUUGAACAGCAACAACAACACUAGCCAUACUGGAGGUAAAUCAACAGCAACGACUACCUCAGAGGCACCUCCAAAGAGUGCUCUCAAAUUUUUGAACAAAUUGAAUCGUGGAGACAAUGGUGGUUCAGGUGUUGGUGGAGGAGGAGAUGGCAAAAAUGCCUCCUCUUCAUCGUCCAGCACUUCGUCAUCAUCGCAGAAACCGCAGAAAUUACCAAAACCACAGAAACCGACUCGAUCUACCAGUACUGCAUCAUCCUCUUCUUCGGGUUCAUCAUCGUCCUCAACCAAAAGUCAACCUCCUUCUCGAGCAGCAACAGCAGCAGCAAGCAAAGAUGAUACAUCUUCUACUCCACCAACCAGAAGUCGACCUGCUCGAGCAGCAGCAGUUGCUGCAACAAAAGAAAUUAUGUCUUCUUCGUCCACUUCUUCAUCAAAGAGAAGUCAACCGACACGAUCUAGUCGAAGGGGGUCUUCGUCCUAA